AUGCUGGGAUUCCUGCUCCAGUGUUCUCCAGGAAGGCUGUGUGUAGGCCUCACCUGUGUCCUGACCUUUUGGAACACAGUGUCUGGCAGUAGAGGAGAAAUCAAGAGAGAGAAAAGAAUGACCUUCCUACCUGUAACAGCAUCUGGCCUUAGAAGAGGAGAGAGGAAGGAAAAGGUGGUGGUAUUUCUUGCAACCACAGAGCUCCCUGCAAGGUCAGUGGAUCUGUCUACGCUUAACCUCACAGAGCUCGUGAAUGGGAUGGUGAACAGAGCUUUAAAAGAGAGCAAGAAGUUCUUCUCCCUGCUGAGUGUUACCUCCUAUAGCUCCUUCGCCUUCCACAAGUUGUCAGUGGCCAUUUACAACAUUUCUAACCUGAAGGCAGUGGACCCGGCCAAGUUCCCCACAAGAUACUGCUACUGUUUAAACAAUCGGACCAACGACUUGUCAGAUUUCACAGCCCUCCUGGUGGACAUCAUUGGAAACUCAACCAGCUACCUCACGGAGAUUUUUAAGUCAACCUCCAUCCUCUCAGUGAGUCAAACCAAUGAAUCUGACUGCAUCUUCAUUUGCGUGAUGACGGGAAGGUCAGGCAGGAAUCUUUCUGACUUCUGGGAGCUGGCGGAGAAGUCCCCUGUUAUCAAUUACACAUUUACCAGUGGCGUGGCUGGUGUUCUGAGUGGAGCUACCAGGGUAACAGCCAGGACUCCAAAGCCCACAACCAAAAGCCAGCAAACACUACCAAGUCGAGGGCCCCCGCACUGGGCCUGGAACACACUACGGCCGUCUGCUCCGAGUCGUCCUCAAUGGAUGGAGACAACGACUGUUUCAGAGAGAGAGGCUUCGGGCAUUUGGAGUAGUGCCCCUCACACUCUACCCACCACGGCUACCAGAAGGGUGUCCAGAGCACCAUGGGUGACAGCCAACAGGCAGACUUGGGCUCAGACCAUCCGUGAGAAAAAACCUGGAGGGCCUCCCUGGGAAAUACAUUCCUCCACACUGAUGUCUACUGCAGGGGACCAGGAGGCCACCCACACAACGGGGCCUUUGGAGCCACCUGCUGGGAUGGCUACACCCACCAGCCCAGCCUCAGGAACUUUCACCAUUGGCACACAGACCACAAUUCCAACUAAGGCACCAGCCCCGAAAGAGCCACAUACAGGUGAUCUUCCUAUGGAGUGGUCAUUCAUCCCCAGGGAAGAGUCAAUCCUGGUCCCAGCACCUCACCGAGUUUCAAGAUGUCCUCAGCCACUCCUCAAAGAGGUGACCAUGACAGCAACUCCUCUCAGCCUGGCCAUCCAGAAGCUCAGCCCAUGCCUGAUGGAGUUGUGCCGCUUCUUUCAGCAAUGCCUCUGCAUGAGCCAGAGAAAUUCCAAGGCAGAAGUCAUGAGGUACUGUCUUGAACACUAUUCCUGGUUUCUGAAGAAUGCAACGUUUGUCUGCCCAAGGGUGAAAAGGGUGCCCCACUCCCACACCUUAAAACAAAAAUGCCUUGAGAAAAUCUGCAAGUCUGUGUGA